CUUAUCAGCCUGCGCGUGCCUUUGCCUCCCUUGGUGCUAGGGCCAGCUUCCCGCCUCCUCUUUACCCUCCCGUCCUCAACAUCAACACCAGACCAGCGCGAUGGCCUCCAAGUUCCUGCGAGAAUACAAGCUCGUCGUGGUCGGCGGCGGCGGCGUCGGAAAGUCGUGUUUGACCAUACAGCUUAUCCAGAGCCACUUCGUUGACGAGUACGAUCCGACGAUUGAGGAUUCGUACCGCAAGCAGUGCGUCAUCGACGAUGAGGUUGCUCUCCUCGAUGUUCUCGACACAGCGGGCCAGGAGGAGUAUUCUGCGAUGCGCGAGCAGUACAUGAGGACAGGCGAAGGUUUCCUGCUCGUCUACUCCAUAACCGACAGGCAGAGCUUCGAGGAAAUCAUGACAUUCCAGCAGCAAAUCCUGCGUGUGAAGGACAAGGACUACUUUCCCAUGAUCGUUGUCGGAAACAAGUGCGAUCUAGACGGCGAGAGGCAGGUGUCGACACAAGAGGGCCAGAACUUGGCACGACAGUUUGGCUGCAAGUUCAUCGAGACCUCGGCGAAAUCACGCAUCAACGUUGACAAUGCAUUCUACGAUAUCGUACGAGAGAUCCGCAGAUACAACAAGGAGAUGUCCUCAUACACAGGCGCACCGUCUGGCGCGCAGAAUCAGAACGGCAUUGCCAAGAUGGGUGUCGACGAUGACACGGAGAAGAAGGGGGGCUGCUGCGGUUGCACAGUAAUGUAAAGAGCUGGGGAUGAUGUUGUUGUUGUUGCGCACGAUACGAAGACAGUCGAAAGAUACCUGCCCACCGUCGGCACCACCACCAUGCCCUAAAGUCGGUGCCGUCAAGGCUUCGAGAGGGGACA